AUGACGAAAGAGCUAGUAGAUACUGGUUCACCUGUCGCUGGCUCUGAUACACAUCAUAAACUCCUUUCCUCCCCAACACCCACCAUUGCUCAUAGCAACCUUGACGAUUUUAUAAAGGAUAACGAUAACGACGACUUGACAAGUAUCAAUAAUACAUCUUGCUAUACACUACAUCGAUCCAUUGAUCAAGUCCAGGGACAAGCUGACAAGGUUGCUGCACGAUUGAGAAAGGCUGAAAUGUGUGCAGCAGCUGCUGCCAUGAUAUCUGCUGCUGCCAAAGCGUCGAAAAGGAGGCAACGCAAUAUCCACAAAGAGAACAACACUGCUGCAUUGGGAAGAGAUUUGAUUCACCGAGUCGACACCCAAACCAUCCUCACGUCAGUUGAUCGUAUUAUUGCGCCUCUCUCCUCCUCAACUCGUAUCACUAGCAUUGAUGAUAAUGAUGAUGAUCACGUUAAAACGCAUCAGCCAUCUUCUUCAUCGUAUCCUUCCUCACCUACCUCUUCAUCCGAACCAACGACCAGCGACUAUGACAUGUUUGACAAUAAUGUCGAUGAAAUCGAUACAACAAGUCCACCACCCGAACCUGAGCCCAAUAACAACGGUGGUCGUAAGCCAACAUCCAACGAUGAAAACCCCGUUUCCUUGGCAUCGAGGAUCCCUUUCAAACGCAAGGCGGCUGUGCGAGAAUUGAUCGCCACCGAACAAAGUUAUUGCAAAGAUCUUGAUCAACUUGUUCACUACUUUCUUGCCACCAUUCAAAAAGCUGACUGCAUCUCGGAUUCAAAAAAGCACGAUCUCGUGAGAAACGCCAGCGAUGUGUUGCAGUUUCAGCGAGGUUUUGCAACUGCCUUGGAAGCAGCAAGUGAGACACCCGUGGCUGAGCAUGGCUCGGUCGAUCGUCGAGUGAUUGCCAUAUGUGAAUGCUUUUGCGAAUGGGCGGAUCAAUUCUCUGUGUAUAUUCCUUAUUGUAUCUAUCAUGAUCGGGCCACCGAUGUUCUCAAUCAUCUACGCGCAACGAAUCAUCGAUUCGUCACCUUGCUGGACAAGAUGCACGCGCAUACACGCGCUCGUGAUGAUCGACGUACUUUUCAAGAUUAUCUUAUCAUGCCUGUACAGCGGUUAUUGAAAUACAAACUCAUCCUGGAGACCAUUGCAAAGACCAUCCAGCCCUAUGAUGAAGAAUACGACAUUAUGAACAGAAGUUUACAAGUAAUGCAUCAUGUCGCUUCAAGAAUCAAUUCCGAAAAGUCGAGCUUGGAAACGAAGCGAAAGACAAGACUAUUCAAUGAUCGAGUGGAUUGGCAUUCUAUUGUGGGAGCAUCGGAUCAAUUUGUCAAGGAGCUUGGUGAUUGCACUGUGAUUGGAACGCUGGACGUUCGAAUACUGCAUGUCAAGGUUGACAAGGUCAAGCGAUUAGGAUGCGCGCUUUAUCCAACCUACAUGGUGAUUUGCACAGCCAAACGACAAAACAAAUAUACGCCCCAACAUUGGUUCCCCCUAAGUCUGUUGGAAUUGGAGGAUAUCCCAGAUGAACAUCCCAACGCCAAUUAUGCAUGGUUGUUACGCAGCGACAAUCGAGUGUUUCAGUUUUUUGCCAUGUCUGAACAAGAAAAGAGGCUGUGGAUCGACGCCUUACAGAAUGCUAUACAAAGUUCACGUGAAUUGUAUAACGAAAGUAUCACCACCACCACCACUGCUUCCACUCUUGUUGCGGAUCGCCCCACCACGCCAUCACAACAACUAGCCGAAUUAUCAUUGCAUAAUCUACCAACGCAAUCAUCCGCACCUUCAUCACCAACGCAAUCUUCUACCAACAAAGUAUUACGUUCCUCUACUACCCCGUCUUUAUCUUCCACCACACAUCAUCAUCGUCAUCACCAUCAUUUUCCUAGUAGUUUAUUUUCACGUCCACAUGCACAUCAUACAACCACACCACCUCCAAGUCCUAUCUCGACCGUAUCACCUAUGAGAGCAUGCUGCACCAUGCCGGAGAUAUCACAAGAUGUAUCCGGUACGAGUAGUAGUAACAGUCGCCAUCGAUCUUUUUCGCAGGCCACUUUUCGUGACAUUCUUAGCAGCACCAUGGCUGAUAUUCGAGCCCAUCGCCGUUGUAGUCAUUAUUAUGAUCAUUGUGCACAAAUGGACAAGCGAUUUGCCGAUGUCUCCUAUGUAUCGGUGUUGGUUGCUAGGACACAAGCGAGUAGCGAACGCAACAGCAUUAUCGAGCAACGUAAAAAGUACAAGAGUCGCAUGGCUAAAUCCAUAUCCAUGGUGGCAUUGAACACUUUAUUACCAGCACAUCCGCAUUGUACGAGAUCAAGACCCCAAAGUCCCACGACCCCAACAACCCCCACACUUCCAUUCACGCCAACAACGGCUUCAAGUCUCAAUGAAGAAAUUAAGGAAGAUGAUGAAAAGUCACCCGAUGGAGAUCUUAUGCGACGAAAAUCUUCUUUACCGGAUCGUCUACCAUCUACUACUACUACUACACAGCAAGAUGAAUUGAUUUCAUCAUCAUCAUCAGAAUAA